GGGAUGUCUGGACUUGUCGUAGUCUUGGUAGAUAUUGCUUUGGGGCAAAUAAAACAAGUGGACUCAAGGGAAGAAGAGUGGACUCCAAACUGAAGUUGCAGACCACUCAUGGUAUGGCGUGCGGCUGCGUAGGCGCAGGCUCCUCAAAUUCAACGUCUGUAACUCCUUCCAUUAGCUGUUAAUCAUCCCAUCAAAUUCCUCCCUUUACUGCCGUCAUGACUCAUUAUUCUCCAUUUGGGUUUCCAUUAUACAGACGAAAAGGGCACUACAUUUAUAAGCCCAAUAAUUAAAUAAAAUCAACGGACAUGCUGACAAGAAGACAAAGACGAGGACACCACUAACAGCUAACAGCCUAAAGCCCUCAUGCCUCAUGCCUCAUGCCGCCAUUAUAAAACCAAUGCCCAUCACUUCUUCCUUCAAUCUCAAUUCCAUUCGUAAACUUUGCAAUAUAGAUGGAGGGUUCAGUUAAGAAACAACAGCAUAAAGAGGUUUCAGUUUCAGGCAGCAAAGUUGGGAAAUGCAAGGACAGAUCUCGUAGACGCAGCUUCGUUGGUGUCAGACAAAGGCCCUCUGGGAAAUGGGUGGCAGAGAUCAAAGACACAACCCAUGAUAUCAGAAUGUGGUUGGGAACCUUCAAGACAGCGGAAGAGGCUGCCACAGCAUACGAUGAAGCCGCCCGCCUCCUCCGUGGUGCCAAUACUCGUACCAACUUCGCAACCCAUCUCAAAUCCACCUCCGCCCUCUCUUUCAAAAUUAGAAAUCUCCUCAACCAAAAGAUCAGUUUGAAACGAAGCUCCUCCAAAACCAGCCCCACCAAACUCGGUCCAAUCACUGAAAUUGAGGGUGCUCAUUCUGGGCUCUCCUGCUCCACUGCCACAAACCAAGAGAUACAUAAGACGUUUGAUAAUGCAGACUGGAGCAGCGCCUGCAGUGGAGAAGUUGAGGUGCUGGGUCUUCGUCAGUUCAGCCAUUCGUGGUGGCAUCUUCCUCUUGGGUUGAACUUGGAAAUGGAUGAGCCUCCUGAUCCAUUACUGACCCACCAAGAUAGACAAGUGGCAGAGAUGUCAUGUGAUUCAGAGCAAUUAGAUCUAACAUCCAUACCUAUGUGUGCAGUGAAUGGAAUGAGUGAAUAUUUAGGAACUACAUAUGAUGCCUUUGAUUCUGUGGGUCAGAUAUUCUGCCCAAGUUGAUUAUACCCCGCUUUAAUUAAUUCC